AUGACCAUGCUGUUUGCUGGUGGCGGUGGUGGUGGUGCAAAACAAGCAUCGAAAACGGGCAGUGACAAAAACGCCAGUGCCAAAAAUCUGGGUAGUUCGCCAAGAAGUCAACCGGAACGGAGCAGCGAAUCGAUGAGGCUAAAACUAAGGCGACUACAACGACGAAUAGAAGAAAAUGUACGACAAAAAACCAGUGGACGAAAGUCGGACACGACACAGAGGACAGGGCGGACAUCGCCCCUAAAAAAGUGA